UUGAUUAUAAUAAUAGUGAAAUAUUUUUAGAAAAAUUUCCUAUUUUCCACACAUGCUAGUAAUUAUGUGAUUUUCCAACAAAAACAGCCCCAAAUUUAUAUUUAAAAACAUUCCGGCUAGAAGCACAACUAAUGAAUUCCUUAAAAAUCUAGUUAUUCAACGUCUACAUACCAUGACACUCUUAAAAGAUUAGAAUUUAAAAAUAGUCCCCAGGAAAAUCCUAAAUAAGGUAUUAAAUGAAUCAUAAUUUAAAUUACCAUUAGUAGAUCUUUGAUGAUAAAAAGCUGUAUCUUAAUAAGAUUUGUAUAAAGUAGACCUAAUACAACAUUUACACAGUAGUUGUAUAGUAAUGGGUGAAGUGAGUGAUAAUACUCAAAUGGCUGAUACAAUGCAAGAAAAAUCCAACAAUAUCGAAUUCGAAAUACGAGCCAAGAGCCAGGAAAUCAGGAACCAAAAGCCCUCAAACAAAAACGACGUCAAAACAGAAAUACUUCAUUACCAAAAACUACUAAACGAUUACGAAAAAACAAUAUCUAGUCAAUGUACAGAAUUGGAACAUUUAAAACAGGAACACGAGACUACCAGUAGGCAUUUUGCUACAUUAGAAUUGGCAUUCUCUGAUGUUUUACAAAAAUAUGACAGAAGUAAAAUAAUUGUGGACGGUUUUAAAAGUAACGAAGAAGCCCUUACACAGAAUCUCCAAAUUGCUGAAGACAAGCUGAAGCAAAACGAAGCAAAAUAUGAAUCCCUGAAGACUUAUGCUAAAUCUCAAAUAGACAAGUGUAACAUAGAAAUACUAAAUGUAAGAGAUAAGUAUGACUUUGAAAGUACCAAACUUCGGGCUUUGAUUAAAAGGUUGGAAAUUAAAUGUUCUUCUUUGGAAACGUCGCUGAAUCAGAAAACUGAAGAGUGUGAGCAGUUGUCUGCCUUGUGUGAAGAUAUCACUGGAAAACAGAUUGAUUACGAAUCUCAAGACUUUCCAAAUGAUAUUUGGUACAACAAAGGCACACAUGAUUUAAUUACACGUUUAGCAGCAUUUUUACCUGUAUGCCUUAUCGGACUGAUUGGCAAUUUGUGGGUAAUCUACGUUUUAAAAAGCAACAGACAUCUACGGACACCUACAAAUUUGAUUGUUGGCAAUAUGGCAGUAGCAGAUAUGUUAUCAACGGUGAUUCAUCCUUGUUUCAUAUUUGUUUAUGAUUAUUUUCAAGUUUAUCAACUUGGCAGCGUUGGGUGUAAAGGAGAAGGACCUUUAGAAUGUAGUAUUCUAUUAGCAAGCGUCAUAAGUAUGUCUGCAAUAACUUAUGACCGUCUGACUGCAAUUGUUUUGCCAAUUGAUACAAAAAUCGACAAGUGUAAAGCCAAAAUUAUAAUUUGUUGCACUUGGCUUAUAGGGAUUCUACUUGCGAUGCCUUUGGCUAUUUUCAGGAAUUAUAAGGAACGCAAAUGGAAAAACUUUGACGAAAAAUUCUGUACGGAAGAAACAAUCGUUGUUAAUAUUUACUGGUAUGUCAUCAUUACAGCUUUGGUAUGGUUGCCGUUGUCCAUCCAGAUUAUUUGCUAUAGUGCGAUUUUUAUUAAAUUGAACAAAUAUGAAAAAAUCAUAGUGAAAACCUUCAGCCACCAUCAACUGGGCUACAAAAGAAACGCCGCCAAAAUGAUGUUCAUCGUCAUACUGACUUUUAUGUUUUGCCGUCUACCAUUUACCGCCUUUAUCAUUUAUCGGCAUCAGCAGUUGAAUACCAGCACUUCCAAUAGCGAUAAUGACGUCACAAAUAUGAUUAAUGGACUCUAUCAUUCUUUGUGGUUCAGCUCCAAGUAUCUUUUGAUUGUCAAUGCUGCUGCUAAUCCAUUGAUUUACUCGGUUACCAAUGUAUCUUUUCGUAACGCUUUCAAGAAAACUAAGUUAUGUCGCUGGAUAUUCCCCGAAACAAAACCUAAAACACCCAAACCAACGAAGCAAAAGAAGAUUUUCUUUAUUUUCAAAAAAACCAACGCUAACAAUUGUCACGACGCUAGCACUAAAAUAGUAGAAAUUAAAGUAACAAAAUUGUAAUAAAAAUAAUAAAGAUAGGUAUAUUAUUUAAGUUUCAGUAACAAAUAUAUCUGAAAAAGGAAAAGCUGCAAAUUCGGGCCAAGUCAAAUCAGCCAAAUAACAAACCGUCCCAGCUGUGCCUUCGUAAAGACUAUACGGACAAUCGGGAGUUUUCGCUUGGGCCUGAAAACUCUCGCUCUCCAAAAACUCGUAAAAGCAAACGGCCCGGUGCAAAUACCCAGCCUCCGAUGUCAACCUGUACAUCACCAGAAACACGUAACCGUUACCGGCAACUCCGUGACAAAGCCCCGGGCCUUUUUUCAACAACCCUUUUUGCCAAAUCAGUUCGGCCAUUAGCCUGCAAGACUGCAAAUACUUAUCCUCUUUGAAAACCAAAUAGGCUUUUGCCAUUAGAUAAAAUACUCCUCCUGCUCCGUGGCACCAGUGAACUAGUUUCAAUUCCGAGCCGAUUUCAUCGGUUGCAGCAGGAAAAUUGCCUUCUGAUGUUUGCAGGCCUAAAACGUAAUCGAUUGAUCGUUUAACGUCAGCUAAAUCUCUAGGAUUUUCUUGCAAAUAACCCGGCACUGAUAAAACGCUUUGUAAAAUGCUGCAAAGCCCGUGAGCUGCUCCUAAAUAUUCAACUUGAUAAUACGAAUACAUUAGAGGACAUUGACUUUGAUGACUUGCAGCAUAAUCUCUUCCAGAUUUCAGCAUUACUUUACACAAAUUGUAUAGUUCAGCUUUUUGCAAAGCAGUGUUUGUUUCUUUGGCCAACCAUAAAGCGCCCAUGAUGUAUCCGGCUCGGCCUACAAACAACUCGUCCGAGCCGAAGCUCAAAAACUUUUGGUCGCCACAUUGUUUUGCGGCCUGAUAAUAAAAUUCUCUGUAGGAUUUGCUUAGGUUUUUGUUGCCCGUAGCGUGGUAUAAGGCUGCUGCAACUGCAUACACUCCUGCAGUGCCUAAUAUCAAAGAAGAAGCUUCUUUGCGGGUUUUUGCCGAUUUUGAUACGUUUAUAGCUGGUAAGAUGUACUGCAAGGCUUUGUCUAGGUUAAGUUGUUUGUUGGAGCUAAAACUAGGCGUUUUGCUUAGAUGGUAAUACAUGUAGGCUAUGCCUGCUGAACCAAGGUAUAUACCAUUAGCUACAAUAAUUUAUUUUGAAAAAUAUUACGCAGUUUAGGUUCUAGUUUAUACCUGCAUUUUUCUCAGUUGGAGCAAAGUUCUUUUCGAUUUCAACAACAAGAGAGCCAACGAGGGUUUUAAUUUGCCUCUCCGGUAUAUUCGGGGAUCCGAAUUGGGGGUCAUAGUCAGGUUUCGGGUUCGGAAAGUAUCUCAAUUUGGUCGCCAUCGGUGUGAAAAGCUUUGACAGUUUUCUGACAAUUGUCAUAGUUUGUUUCGAAAAAGUAAGGUUAAUUUGCUUUCGCGUAUGGAGAGUCGGUAAAACAGAGCUCCCAGGCAGUUGGUGAAACAGAACUUAACAGAAAACGGACCAGCGACAAUUUAAAUUCUGAAACUGUGUUUCAUUGCUAGAAAUAUGAAAUUUAACAAUUGUCGUCAUUGUUAUUGUUACUCUUCACAAGACUAGGAAAGCAACAAAGAUAUAUGCAUGGGAGACAGUCAGAGCUAUUGCGAACGAUUCUUAUUGGUCGGUAAAGAAAUCUACGUCAUACACUGGUGCCAUUCUAAUACAUCUUUUGACAAUAUUUUUUUCUGUAAUGACAUUUUCUUUGAUUUGUGUAUUAACCCAUUACCGUACUGCCUACGGUAAAUUUG